AUGGUGCCAGACAUGGAGAGGAUCAUUGAAAGCAUCACCCAAGGAGACCAGGACACUGUCCAGCUCCUACUGGACAGCUACAACACCCAGUACGCAGAGUGCUUCUUUUUCAACACUGAGGCCCAGGAGAGAAAAAAGCAACAACAACUGGAAGAGUUCAAGAAGAACAAAGUGAGGGAAAGUGCUCCAGACUCGGAUUCUAACAUUGAUUCAGAUGAUGACGAACCCGAUCUUCUUCUCAGACAACGUCUGGCCACAGCCCUGCUCUGCUUCAUCAGUAGUCAGCUACAACCAGCAGUGUUACGGGUUUGCCUUCAUACGCUGCGUAUCUUGUCCCGCGACCGGCGGGCCCUAGCGCCCCUGGUCACUGAUAGCGCCCUUUCCACCUUGGUACACCUGGGAGGCAUCAGUUUACUGCAGCCAUGCCCACAGCAACAGGAGGAAAUAACUGAAGUUCAUUCAGCCAGAACAUACAGCCAGAUCCACAGAGGAGAUGCAGAUGCUGCACAAAUGUCUGUUAGCUCUGUGGCUUCUUUUUCCACUCCGGUGAAAGCAACUGGUGCUGCCAUCACAAAGGGCUCAGAUCACUGCUAUAAAUGGAUGGAUGAUGGAGGUCACGUGGUGCUUUCCCGUGGGAAGAAGGACAUGUGGGAAGAGAACCGUGAGGAGGAAGAGAAGGAGGAUGAUGGGGAGGUGUGUAGGAAGGAGGCCGUGAAAGUCUUGUGUAAUGUCAUCUACAACAGCCCUAGGGCACAGGAGAGGGCCAGCGCACUCAGAAUCCUACACGGUCUGUGGGAAAGUCUGAAGCAGGGGAUCUGGAGCAGGGUACCAUCCAGUGGCCAGUUUUACAAGCUGAGACUGCUCUUCUUACUGACAGCUCUGAGACCUGAGCUCAGGCUGCAGCUACAGCAGGAGCGUGGAGUGUCAGUGCUGACUAAAGCCCUCGAGCAGUGCCUGGCUGUGAGGUGGGGUGAAGGAUAUGAGGUUCUUACUGAUAGCACAGCUCCUCCCAUCACCAAGGAUAUGUCCCAGGAAGUCAUCGAGAUCCUCAAGACACUCUUCAACAUUGCUCACAGGUUUCACAGGCAGGAGCCAGAUGAGGAGGAGGCUGCUCUGUUUCGCCACCUAGCAGCUGUGCUGCGCCACUGCCUGCUGCUGUCAUGUGAUGGAGAAGACGUGUUGGAGGAACUUCAAGGACAUACAGUUAAUGUCCUGUCAGCACUGCCAUUGACAUGUCUGGAUGUCCUGCUAUCUGUCCAUGUGGACCAGGCUUCCCACAGGUGGGAGGGACUAAACAUGGAUUGUGUCCACACAUUGCUGCUAUUUAUGGACCAACGCCUGAACAGGGGUCACAAGCUGAAGGAGAAACUAACUCCUGUACUGAAUCUGUUGACUGAGAGUUCCCGCGUGCACAGGGAGACACGUCACUACUUACGACAGAAGAUCUUACCUCCACUGAGGGACGUUGCCAUCCGACCUGAGCAGGACACAACACUGAGAGGCCAGCUGGUCCGCCUGAUGACCCACGUUGACACAGAUGUGAAGCACUGUGCUGCUGAGCUGCUUUUUGUGCUCUGCAAAGAGAAUGUCAGCCGCUUUGUCAAAUAUACUGGUUAUGGCAAUGCUGCUGGACUGCUUGCAGCUCGGGGACUGCUGAAUGGAAGAAGGAACUCAGGCGACAGUCAGUAUUCCCAGUACUCUAGUGACUCAGACUCAGAUACAGAAGAAUACCGGGAGGCCAAAGCCCGGAUUAACCUGGUGACUGGCCGGGUGGAGGCAGAGCAGCCUGACCCAAUGGAGGGCAUGAGUGAGAAAGAGAAAGAGGAGGAGGCACGUCGCCUCGUCAGCAUGAUCAACAGACUAUCACGAGACCAGAUCAUUCAGCCGAUGGGUGUGACAGCAGAGGGGAGACUGGCUCCACUCUGGGGCCAUAUGAGGGGCUGCACACUGGAGGAAGAGGAAGAUUCAGAGGAGGAUUUGGAUCUGAUGCCAGAGGGGAGGAAAGACAAACAGAUGGAGUAGAAAGAUAUAAACGUGGAGCAGUAUACUGGACAAGAGAGUGAAAAGUCUUCUUGCUUCACCCCUUAUUUGUAGUUCAAUUAACCACUGUACAGUAUAUAAUU